ACUACUUCCUUGCCCGGUUCAGGCACGGCUUUACCUUGAGCGAGCGCGCUCCGGUGCGCCGUCACGUCGGCCAUUGUUUUGUAUUUAUUUAUUUAAAUCUAGCGAGAGACCACCGGGCAACACGGCGACACCAGCUGGGCGACGAGCAAAGGGGUUUCUUCAUCAUGACGGACGAACAAGAAAUCAUGUGCAAGUUAGAAAACAUCCUGGAAGUACGGAACAAAACAGUCCAAAUGCAGAAGAUCAAGUCUCGCCUGAAGAUUGAGUUUGAGGCUCUGGAGUCUGAAGAGAAGCAUCUAAAAGAGUACAAGCAAGAGAUGGAUCUCCUCCUUCAGGAGAAGAUGGCACACGUGGAGGAGCUCCGGCUCAUCCAUGCAGAUAUCAAUGUGAUGGAAAGCACAAUCAAGCAGUCUGAAAAUGACCUCAACAAGCUGCUAGAAACAACUCGCCGUCUGCAUGAUGAGUACAAACCUCUGAAGGAGCAUGUUGAUGCGCUGAGGAUGACUUUAGGACUGCACAGACUCCCUCACCUCAAUGAAGAAGAGGAAAAGCUCUCACUGGAUUACUUUGAGAAGCAAAAAGCAGAGUGGCAAAAGGAGCCACAUGAGCCAGCCAUCCCAGAAUCUCUUGCUGCCGCUGCUGCAGCGGCACAGCAGCUUCAGGUAUCCCGGAAACAAGAUGCCCGUCAGACUGCUACCUUCAGACAGCAACCACCACCCAUGAAGGCUUGCCUGUCGUGCCACCAGCAGAUUCACCGCAAUGCUCCCAUCUGUCCCCUGUGCAAGGCCAAGAGCCGCUCACGCAACCCAAAGAAGCCGAAGAGGAAGCCGGAUGAGUAGAACCUCAAUUACUAAAUUUAUGACAAACUGGCCCAGUGUGCUGAUCGUGCACACAUAAGUGAUGGAGCUACAAAUAAGGAAGAUUCCUACACAGUUUGGCUAAAUGUAUUAUUGGUACUGUUCCUUAUUCGAUAUCAGUCUACCACUGACCCAGGAUUGGGUCAUAUCUACAUUGUGUUUCUAUCUGUGCUUUUCCUGUGUUAAUAUGUAACUGUAUGACUUCCUGACUAUGUUUAUUAUCCCUCAAUCGUGUUCCUCCAAUAAUAGAACAAAACAGUCAGCCAUUGGUAUUUGUCAUGUUUAUUGCCUCAGAUAAUAUACCGUUUGUUCUUUAAUUCAUUGCAUGCAUGCCUCUGUGGUUGUUGUCAGUUGUGUUUUGUGCCAAAAAUGAAAUCCAAUAGGUUUAAUUGCUACAUUGAAUUUAAAAUUGUUGUUUUAUGUUUAGAAUGUAAAAGUGACCACCGCCCCAAAUGGGGAACAUCAGCCAGACGUAUUUGCUUUAAGUUUUAAUACGGUGAUAUGAAAAUAAAUGUCUCUUUUGUACAAAAAUGUA